AUGCAGUUAAUUAGUAAUAAGAUCCCACUUAAAGCUCUGACUAUACUUGCUAGUAAAGGUUUUACAACUACGCAUUUGCCACUCAUUCAAAGAGGAAGCAGAAUGAUGAAUAUUGAUGACAUAGAGUUGAAAAAUGCCAUUCAAAGUAAUGGACAUGGAGUGGACAAUCCAGGAUUUGAGGCAGAGGAGGAAAAAAUAUCAGAUCGCAACAGUGAGAUAGCAGAGCAAGAAUCAGGAAAAGAGUCCAAUUCAUUUAUAAGCAAAAUAUUCAAACCCAUCACUGCUAUUGAAAACAUCUUGAAGGCUCACUCUCGGAUCGUCAAAUACACUGCCCUGGGGAUACUUAGUGCAGGUUAUGUGGCAUACUUUGCUGUUGCCUGCUGGCUGAACUUCCAGAAAGCCAUUGCUCUUGUUGUCCUAACCAGUGUGGCGGUGUUUUUCACAUUGUAUGAUUUUGUGAAGAGGUCCAAAGGAGACACUAUAAAACAUUUCUUAAAGCCUGCUGGAAGAUGCUUUAAAGCCAACAUCAGGUGGAUAAAAUGGGUUUUUAUAUUAGUGGUGGUAGGACUGUUGGUGGCCUGGCUGGCAGUUGACACAAGGCAAAACCCUGAACAGCUAAUUUCACUUGGUGGUGUCUGUUUCUUUAUCCUCAGCUUGUUCAUCUUCUCUGCAAAAAGAUAUGCAGUGCGCUGGAGGACAAUCCUCUGGGGGCUUGGAUUACAAUUUGCCAUGGGCCUGUUUGUCAUAAGGACUGAGCCUGGUUUCAUAGCUUUCAACUGGCUAGGAGCACAAAUCCAGACAUUUUUAAACUACACCCACACUGGCUCUAAGUUUGUGUUUGGCAGUCUGGUAGAAUCAGACAGAGAAAAAGAGACAAUCUUUGCAUUUCAGGCUUUGCCUAUAGUGAUAUUUUUCAGCAGUAUUAUGUCAGUACUCUACUUCCUUGGUGUGAUGCAAUGGAUUAUCAUUAAGAUUUCCUGGAUUAUGCAGAUAACAAUGGGAACCUCUCCUACAGAAUCAUUGAGUGUUGCAGGGAAUAUAUUUGUUGGACAGACAGAAGCACCACUGCUGAUUCUUCCCUAUUUAAAAGACAUGACCAGGUCUGAGAUACAUGCUGUCAUUGUUGGAGGUUUUGCCACAAUCGCAGGCAGUGUGAUGGGAGCUUUCAUUUCGUUUGGGAUUAAUGCAUCCUAUUUGAUCUCUGCCUCUGUAAUGGCUGCCCCAUGUGCAUUGGCCAUGUCUAAACUCUCAUAUCCUGAAACAGAAGAGAGUAAGUUUAAAUCUGAAGACAAUAUCAAAGUAGAAGGCGGUGGUGAAAAGAAUAUCCUGGAGGCUGCUUCUAAUGGAGCAUCUGCAUCUGUUGGGCUUGUGGCUAACAUAGCUGCCAACUUGAUUGGAUUUCUUUCCAUUUUGGCUUUCAUCAAUGCAGCUUUGAGCUGGCUAGGAGGAAUGGUGGGAUAUCCAGACAUCACAUUUGAGCUCAUCUGCUCAUAUGUAUUCAUGCCGGUGGCCUUCAUGAUGGGCAUACCAUUUGACGAGAGCUUCAUUGUGGCUGAACUUAUUGGCACAAAACUGUUCCUCAAUGAAUUCAUAGCUUAUGAGAAAUUGUCAAAAUUGAAAAACAAUCGAUUAAAUGGCAUCACAGAAGUGGGAAAUUACAUUUCAGCUCAUGACAUACUAGCCGGACAAAGAAAAGUGAGAUCAGAAAUCAUCAGCACCUAUGCUCUGUGUGGCUUUGCCAACUUCAGUUCACUUGGAAUCGUGAUUGGAGGAUUGUCUUCCAUUUGUCCUUCAAGAAAAAGUGAUAUUUCUGCUUUAGUACUAAGAGCCUUGCUCACAGGCACUUGUGUGUCCCUGGUUAAUGCUUCUGUUGCUGGCCUUCUUUGUCUUCCACAACUAGACUGUAUAGAGGUGUUUAAAAAUUUUGUCUUCAACACCACUGAUACUAAAUUCCAAACUUGCUGUUAUUACCUAUAUGAAAGUGCUGUGAAGAAUGAAACAGUGAUUUCUUUUGGGGGAUCUUGGAGCAUGGUGAAAAAUGCCACUCUUUAUUUCACACAGUGCUGCGAUCUUUAUAAUGGAACUGUUUGCAUUUAGGAACAUGUUAAUUUUUAAAAGUGCAAAGAAAACUUUGCAUUGUAUGUAGUGUAUUGUUUGAUUUACAUAGCACAUUAUACUUGUAAAGUUCAUAAUUAUUUAAUAAUUAUAUUAUAAAAUUAAAUAUUAUAAUUUUCUGCUUAUGUGUGGGAUCAUAUUGAUUAAAAAAAAAUUAUAUGUAGAUAUAAAAUAAAGUAUGCAGUAUGUUGGCAAUAUUAUAGAAGUUCAGGUGUGUUUUGUAUUGUAGUGUUGUUUAAAUAAAAAGUUAUUUAAUUAUUAAGAGUUACAAUAAAGUAUUAGAGCUGUUACUGUA